AUAACAAAAUUACAAAAAUGUUAAAGAAUAUAAUGCAGAAAGUGCUAUAGAAAACAACGCAGAAAGUGCUUUAGAAAACAAUGCAGAAUGUGCUAUAGAAAACAAUGCAGAAUAUGCUAUAGAAAACAAUGCAGAAAGUGCUAUAGAAAACAAUGCAGAAAGUGCUAUAGAAAACAUUGCAGAAAGUGCUAUAGAAAACAAUGCAGAAAGUGCUAUAGAAAACAAUAUAGAAAGUGCUAUAGAAAACAAGAAAGAAAGUGCUAUAGAAAACAAUAAAGAAAGUGCUAAAAUUAACCAGAAUGAAAGUACAGAACAUUAUGAAGAAAGUGAUGAAGAUAACAGUAAUGAAAAUGUUGAAGAAUCUGAUUUAGAUAGUCAUGCAGAAGCUGAGGGUGAUAACAAUGAUAAUGAGAUAAGUAUGAAAACAGAAGAUGAUUCUGACAGUGAAGAAGCGGCAGAUGAACAGGAAAAUGAUAUGUGUUUGCAGGAGGGGCUUGAUGAUAUACUUCAAUUGUAUGCUUCUGAUGAAGAUGCCUCAUUCUUACUAGAUAAUGAACAACCUCCUCCUGUCGCCUCAAAAUUAAUCAGGAACAACAAUUCAGACAAAGUAGCCAAGUUUGAUGAAGUUAUUGGUGACAGUAGAGAUAUAAAUGGCAAUAAACCAAAGGUUAAUCAAUGUGAAAGUCACUGCAGAGAUAUAAAUGCCAACAAAACCAAAUUUGUGAAAGAAAGUUGUGAUGUCAUAGAUAUGGACUUAGACACUGAUUGUAUUUUAUCUGCAAGCCCAAAGACAAAGAAAAACUUCCCUGAGAAAAAUGACAAGAAAACUCCCAGUCCUCCAGUGUUGCUGAAGGGCCAAUUUGGAUUGCCUUUGACUGCAAACAUGAUAGACGAGAACUGUUACCAACAGCAGAAACAGGAGGAGGUACCAGUGUUUCAACCAAUGAAAAGCAACCCUCUGAAGUUCCGCUGGAUGCCAAGUGGCUGGUGCUUUAGACAUUUCAACAGGAAGCCAUGUAGUGUACAGUGCAGUUUUAGGCAUGAUGUUCCAUCGCCGGAUGUUCUUAACAGAUGCAUGCCUGAUAUUAUCAAACAAUGCAGAAAAGGAGAAUUAAAUGGUGCUAUGAACAUGUUGGAGAGUCAGAGUUAUUUCCAGACGAAUAUAUCAGAAGAUGACCUUGACUGUCUCUAUGGUUACAGUGUCAAUCAUCUAAAGAUGGAGUUCUGUCAUAGCCUCCUACAACUUAUAGCCACCAGAAAACUCGUCAAACAAGGUCACAUUGAUGAUAUCAUCUAUUUAUGGAAACGUUUGAUGUACAGUGAAGAUGUCAAACCGUUGAAUGAUGCCUUCUAUAUAGCAAAAGAGAACAAGUUAUUCCCCAACCCCAGAGCAGUUUUGAUAAUGCUAGAGGCAUUUUCAGCAACAUACGGUGAUGUAUACAUUAUAUGGGAUGUGAUAACAUACUGCACAAUGAACAAGGACUACAUUAUACCAGAACAGUUCAUCAAUAAAGCCGUUUUGAUGCUAGUCAAGUGUAUGGAUACCUACGUUUUGUCGGCAGCUGUCAACUGGCUGCAGAAAACCUCGCCAGAACAACAAUCAAACAUAAAUGAAGAGACUUUAUCAACAUUUGCCAACAGUUUGCAAAAGAGAUAUAUGUUGAAAUUAGCUGGUUCAGUAAGACAGUGUAUUGGGCAUAAAAAAUGUAAUAAUGACAAGGAAGAACAGCAAAAUUUACCAAGGUCAAACCUCAAGUCAAAUAGUACAAAUGCAAAUGUUGCACUUCCUGAAGAUAAUAAGAGAACUUCUAAUGUGCAGUCAAGACCUGUUACUAGGUCUUAUUUUGAACUUAUGAACCAGACUACUGGGAAUCAACAGACUGGUAUACAACAGGAGAAUUUGAAUCAAAAUCAUGCAGGGGCAGUUACUCAAGUCGGGCAUGACUCAGCGAAUUGUUCUAGGCUGAAACCCAAGCAGCUGUUAACAAGUCGAUUAAAAUCAAGAAGUAACAAGCAGCCAGAAAGGGACUUUGUAAAGGUUGACAGUGAGGGACAGAGAACAGUGACAUUGUCAAACCCAACAAGGGCAGUAACUCCAACCAAUGUGAAUAAUUUAGGUCCUUUAGUAAGUGGAGAACAGUCCGGGACUGAGCAAGAUAUCUUAAAUGACAUAAAGCAUGCCUUUGAUAUAAGUGAUUGGCAGGGAUUGGCAGAUAUGUUUCUUCUAUGCUGUAAGAAUGGCAGAAUAUCACCGGAAGUGCUUGAACAAGUACAACUGGCCCUCACCACACAUCAUACAAAUAUUGGAGAUGUUUGGGCAAAGUUCAUUGACCAUAUUAAACAAAAGCAAAGAAGUGAUCCUGGUUUAAGACUGGACAACUACAGUUUGUCUGUGCUCGGCUCGGAAAUCUUCUACUCUUGUUAUAUGAUGGAUUUGUUCGACACAAAAGAUGUUCUACUGGUGAUACUGAACACAGCAUUCUUGUCGUUGAGCCAGUUUGUGAGUCAUAAAUGGAAUGUAUGUCUUGAACUUGAGGCAGGAGAGUACCUCUCUAAAGUUGGCAUGCCUGGAAAAGCAGCAGAAAUUGUUCUUGCAUUUCCGUCAACAAGUUUGGAAUUUCUUGGAGCUAAAGAUAGACUAAAUACUCUUGUACAAUUAUUAAUAGAACAGCUAUGUAUGGAGGAGAAUUUCUCAUUGGCCUUUCAGUUGUUUUGUUUGGCAUUCAGUUGGAAGGAGAGAGGCUUGAGAACGAUUGCAUCAGAUUUUAUAAAAAGUUGUUUACAAGCUGAGUUUGUGGUCAUACCUGUACAGAUUUAUGAGUUAUAUAUAGCCGAUAAUGCCGAGUUUGAUAUUCGAGAGGCAGUUAAACGUAGCUUGCUCAAUGCCCUUGUGGAGAACAAAAAUGAGCUCCGGAAAAAUUUGUACCGGGACAUGAAACAAAGCUCGGUUUUAUUUGCGGAGCCGAGUUACGAAAAACCUCGCUGUAUUUGUAUACAGUCUAUACACACUUGUAAUGAAGUGAAGGCGAUCAUUGAGUGUUACUUGAUUGACUUGUAUGAUUUAUUCUGUGAUCUGUUUGUCAUGAAUUCCCGAUUGAGUAGUGAGGAGCUGUUACUAGAUGUGACAAUAAUUAAGAUGGCAUCACAAGUACAUCCAGUAGGGUUACCAUAUGUUGGUCAAGUACAGAUGUCACCUUUACUAGUGAAAGUUAUCUUGUUAACAGUAUUUGGUAUCCAUAGUGAUCUAAGAAACAACAAUGGUAAUGCCAAGGUGUCUCUUCACCCAGACUCUUUAGAGAAAUAUAUGAAAAAUUUGGAUGUUAACAGUAAGAACAUAGGCCUAGAAUUUACUGCGUAUUCCCAGUGUCAGAAUGGAAAAAGGCUGAAAGUAAAGAGAUGAAUGGUGCACAAUGGUAAAAGAAUAUUUUUAAGAAAACCAGCGCAAUUCCUUUUUUGUUGUUCCUGGAAAAAAUCAUGUCAGUGUUUUAUUUAUGUUGAAUUAUUUCAUAAAGAUACAACUGCAGAAUUGCAUAAGGACCUGUUUUUCUAAAUUUUCAAAGGAAGCCAGAGAAAACAGUCACGAAAUCAGGAGAUUAGAUUUUGUAUUCUCGUUCAAAUAUGACAGUAAUAGGGCAUCUUAAGGAAGAGAGAUUUUAUCCUUAUGUCUACAGAACAUUAACUAAACAGGACUGCAUGAACUGUUAAGGAUUAUUAUACAUGUAUCUAUGUCAACCAUAGUUACACUCUAGUAGCUUCUAUGAAACUUUAUAUCAGUGACAGUGCCAGCAUGACCUGUAACAUUUUGCAUGAUCACUCUUGAUUGUAUUAUAGCAGUUUUCAUUUUCCUUGGUGUAGCCAAUAUUCACCAUAUGGAUGAUCAUGCUUGGACAGUCCUCAGUUGGAACCUAUGUCUGAGGUAAUAAGGAAAUUUUUCUUGCUCUAACUCAGAUCUCAGGUAUUUGAUUAGUGAGAAACCAACACAUUAUGAAAAUCCUGAGGUUUGAAACAGAGCUCUGAAAAAAUGUUUUAUAACCUCAAGGCCAGAUCUAUAUAAUUGUGUAAUGGAUAGCCUUAGCUUUGCAAAGAUUUGUUUGCCCUUGUAAAAUCAAGAAUUUUGAUAUUUUUGCCCUGAAUACUCAUAAGUUAACUGUCUGGUGUUGUUGACAAUUGGAUCAAACUUGGGUUUAUUCAAUCUCCCUGUGAUGGCACAUGUUUAAGCAAUAAAUUGGAAGAAGACAUUGUGCUUAUUAUAAGGCUAUAUAUCCAAAUCAUCCUAUAGGAUAGAUUUGGUAUAUAAACAACCCCACUUACCAUACUGAUCAUUUUAUUGUGGUAUACGAACAUGCCAUUCUCUGCUGAAAGAAAAGAAAUUUAGAGUUACUAUAAUCAUUGUAUGUACAUUCCAUUCAACUUGAAGUCAUUCCAUUUCAUUACAUAUGUAAAUAAUGACUUGAGCUUGUCAGUAUUUUAAUAAAUGAUUAUUCUACAGUAUUAUCUUGAAAAAACCUAGCCAGUAUUACAUUUGUAUGUCAUAGUCAAUAUUUAUGUAGUUAUUUUUUAUAUGGUAAAAUAUAUUUGAAGUUAGUAUUAAGUGCAGAAGAAUUAUACUUACUUGACAUGAAAUGAUUGUUUUUGCACACACAUGAAGAUGGAGGGUUGGAUGAUGAACAUUAGUCAACUUGUAUUCUAUUAAUUUUAGGAGAUACAAACAUUAAUUUUCUCACCAUGUAUAGGUUAGAGUUCAUAUUGGGUGUUCUUCGUAAAUAAGAAAGCUAAAAAGGAGCGGAGCUUGCGAAGCGACUGUUGCUUUCUUAUUUAUGAAGAACAUCCAAUAUGCACUCUUACCGGCUUAGUGCUCCGCCGACUUGCGUUUUAUAAUAUAAAACGUCCAGUUUAUAUAAAAUCUGUUCUAUUAAGAUUUGAAACCUGAAAAUUUGAAAAAUCCUCGCCGGUGAUUGGCUUAAAAAAACUGGCGAGCACUAAGUUCAAGAUAAUUAUACUCCUUCAGGAAAAUAGUGCUUUCAACAGUUUUCUACAUGUUACUACUUAGAAAUAGACUCUCAUGAAAUCCAUGAAUUUAUAAGGUAUAUUGGGAGAAGUUUAUUUGGUAUAUUGUUUAACCUUAGUGGAUGCCAUUCUUUUAUUGAAGGGGUUAGGAAUUGAUGGAGUAAAAAUUUGGUUCAAUUUUUCACUAUAGGUUGUUCAUGUGUAUUUUAGCUGUGUUUUAGCAGCAACAGAGAGAUUCCACCAAUAUCAUCACUAAUAUUCUUAUGUAUACAAAACAACCAAAGAUAUGUGCAAAUUUGUUGUUAAUUUUAUUUUUGGGCUUUUUUAAAAAAAAUUGUUUUGUUUGGUUUAAUUUUUUUUGUAUAUAUGGUUUAGGUUUAUCUUUUGGACCAUUUUAAUUUUUUGUAUCAUGACUAUUAUAUGACUAAAGACAAUCUAUCUUAUUUUCUGCUGUACAUAUUUUGCUGUUUUUUCUCCCAAAGUAUCUUUGGUUUAUUAGUCUUAAUGUUAUUGUUUUAAUUGUUUGGGUUACUGUAGUUAUGUAGAAUGUAGCAUGUUAAAUUUUUGAGAAAAUGUUUGAUAAAAUUUAA